AUUUUUCUUAGUAAAAUGAUCGUCGACUAUAUUUUGCAACCAUAAACCACUAUUAUAAUUGUUUUAUUUAAGUAUUUUACAAAUUUUAAUAUUUCACUUAGUACAAUAAAUUUAACGUCCAAUCCCUUAAUGAUUUUCAUUGACUCUACUUUGGGAUAAAUAAACAAAACACUUCAUCCACUAGUUCUUUAAUGGGUUUACUCUAAAUGCUUGGAUGCCAAAAAAUUAUGAUCAAUUAUCUAAAAAAAAAAGUUUUAAUUAAUGAUAUAUGGAUACAACAAUUUUAAGGAUCAGCUUUAUAGUCUCCAACCACUAUAUAUGCCUCAACAAAAUAUGUAUCACUAUUUUCUAAUCACAUCAUAAGUGGAGCCGUACAAUUCCCCACCAUUGUUAGAGAUUAGACCGAGUCAGAGAAGCCAUUAGGACCAAUUGAGUGGACCACCACACCACCAUAAUCGCAGUGCAUUCAAUCAACCCCACCAAAAAUCAUCAUCACCGUCCAUUAACAUACCAUUAAGUAAGUGGCCAUAUCCACCGUACAUAUUAAUGUCCUAAUUCAAAACUAUAAAUACCAACUGAAAUGUUCGGUAAUAACAGAAUAUUUCUGUUGGUUAAAAACUGUUGAGAGUUGAGAAAGAAAAACCAGUAGUUAUGGUGAGUAAGGAAAAACCAGUUAUGGUUAUGGGCCUAUACGAUAGCAAGCUUAGCUUUUAUGCCUUAGAGUGGACUUUGGACCGUUAUUUUGUUGGUUUCGGCCCAAAUCAUCCUUUCAAGCUCGUCGUUGUCCACGCCAGGCCCACUCCUGCUUCCGUCGUCGGUGUUGGUGGGCCCGGUGCUGGAAAUUUUAUAACAAUAAUGGAGUCAGAGUUUAAGAGAAAAGCUUCAAGAAGUAUUGAUCAAAUUAAGCAAAUGUGUCUGAAUAAAUCAAUAGAAGAUGUGAAGAUAGAGGUAGUUGAAGGUAAUCCAAAAAAAGUAAUGUGUGAAGCUGUAGAGAGACACCACGCAUCCAUUUUAGUUGUGGGAAGUCCUAAUUAUGGUGUAGUAAAGAGGACUGUUCUGGGAAGCGUAAGCGACUAUUGCGCCAAUCAUGCUCGUUGCUCUGUAAUGAUUGUGAAAAGGCCAUCCAAGACAAGAAUUGACAUCACUCAUUUUCGCUAGCUCAUCUUUAAUCAAAACCAUCACUUUACUUUUUUAUUUUCAGAUAUUCAUACACCUAGACAUUUUAUUCAAUAUUGUUAGUGUUAUUUUAAUUUUUUAAUAAUAUCUGUAUUUAUAAUUUUGAUAGAAUAUUUUGUACCAUCAUAAUUAGAUAAAAUGAUUUGUUGUUCAAAUUUUUUUACCAUCCUUGUAAUAAACUUUUAAUCCUUGUAAAAGUGUCGAAAUAAUUGCAUGAUAAAUACUUAAAA